UUUUUACAUCGUGCUAUCAGUUGAGGGCCAUCCUCGUACGCGAGUGGUUUUGUACUUUUUGGGGAAUUCCAAGGUCCUACGUCGCAUCAAUUUUAUUCUUUCGCGUGAUAUGUGAAUAUUUUCGGUCCGGUUCGUGACGGAAUCCAGAUGAGUGCGUUUAUCGCCUUUUUUCGAACGUCAUUAGUGCCGUUUCAUAACUACUGAAUGAUCGUUCUGGAUUCGGAGCAGUACGAAGUUGCACCAAUUAGAAUACCGGGAAACUAUGGUAGUGUCAAAAUGUAACCGAAAUGUGUCACUCCGGAUAUGGUGGUGGACAUGCUUUUCCCUGUCGUCUAUCCCAUUGCUGAUGGCUGAACUACCGUUAAGCUUGAAGAACCUAGCCAUUGAGAAUAUCGCCAUCAGUGAAUGCUCGGACCCCGCACGGUUACUCGAAGCCAAAUCUCAAUGUUAUUAUGAACAGGCGUCUAAAACGGUAUGCUUUCGUGGAAUGGACAACCGACGCAUCCGGCACAGCCGUGCACGGCUCAACCGUACCACGGAGCUGAUCCUAUGCCAUUGGCCGUGGAAGAGCUUUGAUCCCAAUGAGUUGGCCGAUUGGACGCCGAAUCUGGAAAAGUUUUCGAUCAUGGGAGAGAAUUUGUGGAUGUUGAAGGCAGAUUUUCCCUUGUUGCCGAACCUACGGGCGAUCAACAUUACGGGGACUAAGUUGAAUUUCACGCGGAUUUCGACGUUCCGGGAACUUCCGGCAUUGAGACAGCUGAACAUGAGAGGAAACGCACUGGUGCAGGUCGUUCCCUAUCAGUUCGAAAGCGAACACGUCAAUAUCUUCCUCCAUGGUAACCCGUGGAACUGCACCAACGAUAUGAUUUGGUUGCUGGAAGAACAAAGCGGUUUCUACGCGGACAAGACUACGCUCGUUUGCAAGGACUGGAAGUACACCGGGAGACCUGUGCUGACGGCUAUGGAGUACAAGCGAAAUCUGCGGGAAUACUGCCGACAGGAGCAGAUUAGAAACUGCACUUGUCAGAUAUCGUACCUUCGGCUAAGCGACAGUGGACGUACCUUUCAUCCAUUGAUCACUGUCAACUGCACCGGAAGGGGACUCUACCAGUUACCGAGUUAUCUACCACCUAAUACGACGGUUCUACAUGUAGCCAAUAACAAAAUCUCCUCCGUGGAACGAUUAACCACCAUUGAUCACUACAAGAAGGUCCAGGACAUCUACCUGGACAACAACAAAAUCGUGUCCAUCGACAUCCUCGAAGAUAGCGCUUGGUUGGAUAACUUUCGCAUUCUGAGUCUCCGGGGGAACAAGAUCAACCGGAUACGAGUCUACAGUGUAGAGCACGCCCUCGAACGCAACACCCACGUGGGCCAACUCUUCCUGGGGAGUAAUCCAUGGCGAUGCGGUUGUCGCUUUGCUACGCGCAUGCAAGCCUUUCUACGGAAGCACGAAUCCGUGGUGGUCGAUUCUCGCAACAUUACCUGCUACAUCCUGGACGACGAGGGACACAAAUCGUACCAUCAGAUGAUGACACUUACCCCGAACGAUGCAUGCCGGCCGUCGGUGCACAACAAGGCGGCCGUGUACGAUAUCCUGAGCAUUGUGUUCGCCUCGUUAAUCGUACUAAUCGUUACCAAGCUGGCGUACGAUUACUACAUUUAUAGGAAGUAUGGCAAACUGCCGUGGCUGAUAAUGAAGAUGCCGUAAACACAUG